AUGACCUUGCGUAGCCUGCCGGGCCCGGGAAGCCAAAGAGGAUACCUCGACCUGCCAGAUCUCAACGGCGAGUGCUUUAGCGACGAUCUAAUCUACGGAGACCGGAUGUACAGGAGCGGAGAUGUCGGGUGGAUCGUGCCCGGCGGGAAAAUCGAAUAUGUGGGACGCAUGACCGCGGACACACAGAUCAAGCUGCACGGCCAGCGGAUCAAGAGCGGUGAGAUCGAGUCUCUCCUCCGCACCCAAGCUUCGGUUCUUGACACUGUCGUUGUCCUGCACGGAGGAGCAGAGACAUCUCGUACGCUAGUUGCGUAUGCAGUACCUAGCCAGCUCGGCUUGUCGCACGACGGAUCCGUCCUUUCCACCAGCCUGGACUUAAUGUUGAGAGAAAACCUGCCUCCCUACAGCAUCCCGGGCAUCAUGUUCGUCAAGUCUCUCCCGUUACGCGAAUCCAACAAACUCGACCUGAACGCUUUUCCCGGCCCGGCGCUGUUCAAAAACACACCCGGAAUGUCUGAAUUCGACGGCGGCAGGCCGCUUACCCAACUACAGAGCCGGGUAUCAAACGCCCUCGUCGAGGCUUUGAGCUUGCCAACCGACCUCGCCGUCGGCCCAGACACGACGUACACCGAGAUGGGAGGGACGUCGCUCCUCACCGCCGCCGUCGUGAAGCGGUUGAACAAGACCUUUGGAUGCAAGAUCUACUGGCUGAGCAGGCACGUCCUACAAACGGGGGCUACGGGUUUCCUAGGGGCACAUGUCCUGACCGAGGCCCUCAAGUCUGCGAGCUUGACUGAUGUCUACGCUGUCUGGCACUGCGCCGCGGCGGUCAACUUUAUCGCGCCAUACGCUGAUGUGGAGGAGAAUAACAUUAAGGGCACGGUGGAAAUCCUGCGCUUCGCUAGCCUCCUCUGCCAGAAGCGGCUGGUUUAUAUUUCAACCCUUGCCGUCUUCUUCGGCGCCGCCGACAAGAGAACGUGCGGAAGAGAGCUGAGCACUAGCGAAUGGGGUAAUGUCAUUAUUACUGGCUAUGCCUAG